UUAGCCAAAUCACCAAACCCAUAUUCCCCUAAUGGGUCCAGCAUGUUUCUUGUAAACGGGUUCCAACUGGGACACUAAUUUCCAGUCUUUGGAGUGCUUCUGACCACAACACAAACACGGGGAAACAGAUGUGGAUGCCAUCACAUCACUCAAGGUGUCAAAUUUUGCUGUGGAUGUAGAGUGAAAGAGAGUAGCUUGUGCUUCCCUUUAGCCAGAUACCAUAAAGCUUAUGAAAUUUGAUGUUAUUACCAGUGAAGCAAUAAAGUCAGGUGACAGGCUGUGCCUCAGUAUAAAAUAUAUGAUUUUAUAUUUCUUAAUGUGUUACUGAUCUAAACUUCUGGAGUGGUAAACCACUGUUACAGUGUGCAGAAAUAAAGUGCGGCAGGGAUGACAUUUUUUAUAGCCCAACCUAACAGAAGUUAGAUUCCCACAACAUCCAUUGGAUUAUUGUAGAAAAAAAGCUCAGUGAACAACAAAAAUCUAUGGUUCUUAUGUAUUUGAUGUUUUGUUCAUUCAGAUAAUCUUCACAAUUGAACAUAACUUAGUCAGAAAUAAAAAUCUAAAUUUAGGCUAUGAACAAACUACAAGUUGCACAAUUUGAACACCAUUACUAAACCUUCUACAGAUCAUUGAAAUGAUUUAAAUCUACAAGUUUGAGUAGAAGAGUUUGCAAGAGCAGGAGUAUAAACACAACAAGGGUGUAAAAGCAAGUGUGUAUGUGAGUUUAUUGGUGUGGUGUGAUGACUCUUAAUGUCAAUCUCUGUAGUUCCAUUUUGCCAUUGCUCGUAGGCUCCUGCUUUAAGACACAUCAGUGCUUAAAAAAAGGGUUAAACAAUGCAGCAAAACAUCAACAAAAUCAAAUGCAACAUACCAUAUAUAAAAGUGACGUGAAAUACAGCCAAGUGUGGUGACCCAUACUCAGAAUCUGUGCUCUGCAUUUAACCCAUCCAAAGUGCACAGCAGUGAACACACACCCAGAGCGGUGGGCAGCCAUUCAUGCUGAAGCACCCAGGGGUUCAGUGCCUUGCUUAAGGGGACCCAAGUCAUGAUAUUGCCAGCCCGAGAUUCAAACCUACAACCUUAGGGUUAGGAGUCAAAUGCUCUAACCACUAGGCCACGACUUCCCCAAAUAUAAUCAUGCAUAAUAAUUUAAAACGGGUAAGAUAAUAAGCCUAUAUUAGCAAUUAAACGCCACAGAAUUUAAUCGGGGUUUUUGUCAUUUGGACGAAAGAAAUGAAUUAGUUAAUAGCUGAGAUAUUGCCAGCAUGGACAGAUUGCAUGAUAUUCUAUCCUUACAAAAAAACAACAACAACUAAAAACUAAAAUAAUAAUAAUAAUAAAAACUACUUAGUUUAUCAAACUGUAUUGCAUCACCAAAAUCUUUCCUGAAAAAAAAAAAAAAAAAAAAAAAAAAAAACAGUUGACAACCACUAGUAUAGAGACUGCGUGAUGUGAGAACAGCAGGUGUUUCAUGACGGUUAUACGGUGUGGAUGUUCUGAUUGCUAACUUUCAACAGUGAAGCCUUGUUUGUAUGAGUGUGUGUGUGUGUGUAAGCUGUGAUUUGAGGCUGACGCUGCAGAAUUUGCUGCAGUGAGGAUGGAAAGACUCAGAACUGAUGAGAGAGGGAGAGGGAGAAAGUGUGAAAGGACAAGCAGCUGCAUCCUCUCGUCCUGACUCUCUAUGAACUCCUGUGUUAGGUGUGUGCGUCUGUGUUUAGAGUAUGAUGCUGUCCACGAGGGAAAACGCAUAUUCCUGACUUGUCAUUUAUUCAGCGCAGGGUGUGUGUGUUAUCGGACAGUACAGGGAUGCGUUGGAGGAGGCGGAGGUCUCCGGGACAGGGCAGGCAGGGGGAAACGAGAGGAUCGGAGGCAGUGUUCACCAUGCCCUUCUUCAGAGCCACCACCAACUUGGACUCGGAGAGCAAACGAACGGCCCACUUCCAAUCGUCAUGGCAACAGCAUGUGAAUGUGUUCGGCUCGUGGAGUAGGCCGGAGUGUGUGCAGGAACUGCACCAGGAGGCUCAGCUGAACCUACAGAGUCUGCUGCAAGAUUAUGAGGAGCAGUUGUAUGAUAACAGAGUGACAGGACAGACAUUCAGACAUCCUUCCUCUCAGAGCUCGGAGGACACGUCAACCUCUCUCAGCCGAUCACCUUCCUCACUCAGCAACAAGAAGACAGAGUUCGUCUUUGUGCCUGCAAAUAAGCAGGUGUGUGAGGAUGAGACCACAACAUUAGGGGUCCGGGCGCAGGACCCGACCCCCUGUGGUUCAGAGAAGUCACUUCUAGGCUGGAAUGCCUCACUGAGUCCACCUGUUGCAGAGAAACCUCGCUGGUACCUGGGCCGACAUACUCCAGCUCACCUUGUACCCAUUGAGAUCACAGGCCAGAGCUUUGAUAAGCACGCCACACAACACAGCAAACUGCGGGCCGCCUUUAGAACUGAUUCAGCGGUCAACCCAAAGACCGUUCCCCGCCCGAGGAGUGUGGUUGCAGGCCCUGAUGUCACGCUGCACUGCCAAGGUGACAGCAAAAUUCUUGCUGUUGAUCUAAUACAAGGUGCCUGUUCCCCUGGAUCCUCUCAACCCAGAUCGUUGGAGCCAACUACCGAGAACACAGGCCAACAGCAUAUUCCACUUCGGAAGACCCAUAGUGACCUGGAGUACAGUGUUCCCCCAUCCCCAAAGACCCCAUCAGGCAUGAUGGAACAUGCCACUCUGAUAUGCUCAAACCCCUCAUGGAAUGGCCCAAAAGGUUCUACUUUCUCUCCUUCCUGGAAUGACUCUUACACCUAUGCCUUGGUUACCAGCCCUGCUUCCAAGCAACCAGUAUCUAAAACUGGAAUGAUAACACCUAAAGGUGAAGGAGGUGGUUUAAUCUGUCCAUCCCAGACCAGUUCAGGCCUCUCCAUGAGCUCAGGGUCACAUUCCAGCUCUUUCACCUCCAUCUCAGAACCAUGUGGACACCGGGUGUAUACAGUGUCCACACAAGGGGGUUGUGUCCCUGUAGGGAAAGGGAAUGACAUAGAGGGGACAGCUUCCACUGCAGGCACAGGAAAAAACAAUUGUGAGCAGGAGAAGAGAUCAGCCCGGUCCAAUGUUUUCAGGUUCCGUGAACGUUCACUUUCAACACCAACAGACUCUGGAUCAUUUUGUUCAGCAGAUAAUAUAUGUUCCCCAGGUGAGGCCAUCCCUGUUGUUUCAGAGGUUGAGAGUUAUGCCCUGUUAUAUCCAAGCAACAGCUCAGAGGAUAGCAUGAGCACUGAUAAUGUUUCCGUGACCACAGGUUCAGACUUCCUUCUGGAUGGUCGACUGAGGUCCCGAUCACGCAGCAUCUCACUAAAGAAAUCUAAGAAAAAGCCACCACCUCCAGUACGUAGUGUAUCCCUGAUGAAAAAUCUAUCAGAGGUUGGAGGAAUGGGCUCCUACCACAGUGAAGGGCAUUUCAGAGAUGGCAGACCCAAAAGUCUCUUCAUCCCCCGAGAUUACCAUAUUCAAGAUUCAUUCCAGCCUGAAUUCCUAAUUGCCAAACCUGAGGACGACUCAGAUCAAGCCCACAGUAGCUUGGAGACAUCCUCUGAUAUUUCUCAGCCUGCCGACAGGGAAACAGAGCUUGGGUUUUCUCCUCACUGGCAGCUUAACGAGUGGAAGUCCAACAAUGAUCCCUACCACUCACUGUCAGGUUCAAGUACAGCCACAGGUACCACAGUGAUUGAGUGCAUGAAGGUGCGGGGCAGCUCAGAAUCCCUAAAUUCACCCUCAACGUCACGAGCAACAUCUCCAUCCCAGCUCUCAAUCGAGGCUGAGACCAAGGUAUCCCCUUUCAAGCCCCCAUGUCUCAUGUCCCCAUCCAGUGGCUACUCAAGCCAGUCUGAAACUCCAACCCCGACUAUAUCAAACACAUUCAUCACUGGACCUUCUCCAGUUGGCUGCAAGAUGCGGCCAAAGAUUCCAGAGCGUAAAUCUUCUCUCCCAGCUUCUGCAAAGGAUAAAUCACGUUCGCGUCUUUCAUUUGAACUACCUGCAACCUCUCAGCUGGAUCUGUCCUCUGUCAAACCCAAGACGAAGGCCAGCAGACGCCACUCUGACACAUCUACAGCCAACAAACCAGGUAAACUGAGCCCUAGUCAGUCUUCACUGCCUAUGGUUACAACAACAGACUUGCGAAACAUCCGACUUCGUUCAGUUAGCCGCUCAGAACUUGAGGACAGUCCUGAUGGCUCUUCUGACAUUAUAGAGGAAGAGCAAAGUCGAGAUCUCAGCCCUCCUAUUAUUCCCUUGAACACAAAACAAUCAAAGCCUCUCGUUGCAGUGAAGCCACCUCUGCCUAAACGGCCCAUGAGCUUGAUGCUUAAAUCUCCCUCCUCAUCCCCUCUGGCAUAUGAAUCUCCUCCAUCUUCACCUGUGGACCGACCCAUGCCUGUGGGGAACAUCUAUAUGGUUGUGAGAAAGCCCAAACCUAAGAGACAAGCUCAGUCAUCAAUCAGCACAUCUGUAAUAGCCCCACAAGAGCCACUCCACAGCCAUGUACCUCCUCUCCCUGAGUUUGAUCUGGAGUAUGGGAUUCCUAUUGAAGAUGAUCCUCCAUCCCCAAGUAGCCCAGAAAGUGAGGAUAAAAGUAAAACCCUGCCAAGUAGAAUGACAAUAUCCUGUUUAGCAGAAUUAGACAAAAGGAAGCCUAAGGUACCUCCUCCAGUGCCGAAAAAACCCAAUGUUUUUCUUCUGCCCUCUCCAAGCACUCAUACCAGUGGCGGGGCAGAAAGACACGCUCCACUUUCUGACAACAUCUCCCAAUCACCUACAGUUCCAAUAGCAUCUGACAUUGAGGGAGAUUUGCUUCAAGGUGAAGAUCAAGAUGAUCCUGCAAAGGAAAAUUUUGAUGGAAACAAUAAAAAUUCUGAAAGUUACGAGACCUCUGGAAAUCAAGAGAAUGAUGUGGUAGUUGAAGAGAACAGUUCAAAAGAUUCAGAUUGUCAUCAAAUUACGGAAAGAGUGACACCUCCAGCAGAGACAGUAACAGAAACUUAUGCAGAAACAGAAAUAAUGGAAGAGAACAAUUCUGCUGAUGACAAGACCGAACUACAUAUUACAGAGGAAACAGAUGAUGAUGUUUUUGUUCACACACCCACAACUCACACAACUGAGGACCUCUUUACCAUCAUACACAGGUCAAAGAGGAAAGUUCUUGGUCGCAAGGAACCAGCAGAUUCUUUUGGAAACAGGCAGUGUCUGGUAUCACCUGUGAAAAGCAGCAGCACAGACUUCCAAACUCUGGGCCUUGGGACCACUCUUAGGUCAAGCUCAAGAAAUGAGAACUUUAUGGCACUUCUCCAGAAGAGAAGCAGCAAAGCCAGCAGCGGGACCCGAGUUUCUGCCAUGGAGUUGCUGAAGAGCACAAACCCCUUGGCACGACGAGUCACUGAGUUCUCUCAGUCACAGCCAGAUGAGAGUGCAAUGAACACACCAAAACCAGCUCCACAGGACCAGUGAUUCCACUUGUAGAGAACCACAUGUUGGAUUUCAAUAUGGCUGGUUUUCUGUUGCACUCCACUGCCCAUCUGAACGGUUUAAUUUACAAAGACCUCAUGCAGAAGGAAUUUAAGUGUUUUGUUUGAGUUUUUGCUUUCAGACAAGGGGAUCAUACUCUGAUGAUGUACAAUUUUUGUGGAGUAUAGUCAGUAUUAAACAAACUGAGCCCACCACUAAUAUAAAAUUCUGGCAUUGAAAUCGGCUAUCCUGGAAAUAUGAAUGCGAUGAUGAGACUCUUGAAUGGAAACCCACAUCAAGAAAUAUUUUCAGACUAUUAUUUGUGGCCAAAGCCUGCUCUGCCCAUUUCAGUGGUGAACAAGAAAGUGUCUUAGUAGGAUAAUCAUGUUUUAAUAGAGUGCACAAACUCAGACAGAGAGAGGAGUGUAUGAUACGAGAAGGAAACAUUCCACAAAGUUGUAAGAAAUGUCUGGUAUCCCUUAAAAUUAAGCACUUUCACCAGUACAAGAAUUAGUUUACAAGACAAAAAGCUAUAUUUGUUAUUUUCCUUUGGUUUUUUUUUCUUCUUUGUUUUGUUUUUGAAAAAAAAAAAAGUAUGAAAUGCUAUAUAAAUGUCUUCUUGAGUUUAUUUUAACCUUUAAAAAAAAGUAUAAGAUAUAAACACUGUAUAAGAAAAUGUAACUGCUUGAUCAAAGACACAACAGACACAAAGCUGUCCAUAUCUGUGACUAUUCUUGGGAAACGGCCUAUUAUUUUAUAAGCUCACAGCACACAAGGGAUUGAAGUGGCCAAAUUAAACCAUCAUCAUGCAAUACACCUGAACCCACAUCUAGAGAUCUUCCCACACUGCCAGAAGUGUAAACAACAAAUCAAAAUUGUCAUAGACAAAACACACCUUUGAAAAGGAAAUUUAUGGACAAUACAACAUGAGGGAAUAGCACGGAAAGUGAUAGUCUAAUGGGUGGACACUAGACUACAGAAGAGGGUCCAGUAAGUGUUACCAGUGGCUCACUGGUAUGUUCUGGCUGUCCAUUGUGUCAAAUCUCUCAGGAAAUACGAUAACGGCUAAUGGUCCAAGUGUAUAUUCUCUACACAGAGAAUUCACUCAACACACAAAUUAUCAGGCAGGAGAUUUACUGAGGCCUAUGGAUGGCAAAAGAAGACAUAUAUCUCUCAUUCUUGCCUCCACAAUAUUUUUUCCAGAAAAACUACACAGCACAUAUGACCACAAUUCCAGAUCAUCUGGCAAGACAGUGGAUCAUUCAAAUCCAAGUGCAAAGCUUCUCACUUUAUGUCCAUUUCAGACUAUGCAUCAGAGGCAGAGCUCAACAGUGUUAUGUUUAGAUUACAUUUUUGACGAAAAAAAAAAAAACAGUAGAAAAUAUUUUUUAAUGGUUGCCCUCCAUGUAACUGCAACACCAGAUUGUAGAUCGACGUUUGAAUGCACAAAGAUAUUGCAGGCUUUGAUCAAAUGUGGUAAUUCACUCUUUGAGCAGGUCAUCUGUGGUAAACUCACCAUCAUCCUACAUUAAGGGAAUAUUUUGGAGACUACUGCAGACAGAGGAUUUACAUUAGUCAAGCACAGAGACAGAGACUUCAAAGAGUGCUUCUUCUGACCAUUCCUUAUGAAACUCCCUUUCCUCAUGUGACUGUUCUUCUGGCUCCCAAUCAGACAGUGGACAGAAACCUGGUGCUAUUGAGCCGGAGCGCCCUCGGCAGUCCAGGAGAGGAAGUGCUUGGCAUAAAUCUGUUCUAAGUCUGGAACAAGAUGGAGAUGUGGAUCUUUUCUUGAUUUUCAUCUUCUCAGACUAGUCGUUCAGGCAUUCCGACAAUAUGAAAAGCAUAACGGGGAAAAAAGAGACAGAAUACCACCACAUUAAAAUAGUGUGUGACACUUGUUUUAAAUAUUAAGUGAAUGAAAAAAGUUUUAAAACCAGUGUUUAUUUGCCUUGUACUCUGGCGUGAAGCCUCUGUGUUUUUAAAUGCCUUGGUAUUACACUUCCGUAGAAGUUUUAAAGGAUUUACUAUAAUAUUUAUCACUACUCUUGUGUACUCUGUGCUUAACCCUAUCAAUGUCAACAGUAUGCUCACAGGUACAAGUAAAAGAGAGAGAAGGACAGUGGAAGGAGAUGGUAAUAUAUGGGCAAAACUAAAUAGAACUCAAGAAAUGUACCUUACCGGACUGUUAGAAGCCCUGUGCAUCAAUUAAGAAAGAGACGAAGACAGGUAUCCAUUGGCGAGACAUAUACAUUAUAAUCACAAGUUAAUCACAUUUUAAUCAGUAAACAAAAAACAAAACAAAACCAAGUUUCACUAGCCAUUUUCUCUUUCCCCACACAAUAUGUAUUCAUUCUGAAUCUAAUUUCAGAACACAGAAGAGUCAAAUGUGGAGAAAAAGGGAGUCCGGAAUAAGUUCAUAACCAUCUGGUUGCUGUCAAGCUUAACCAACAACUUUAAUAAAGUCUUAACACCACAAGUUGACAACUCCCAAAUAAAGAAUACAAUAUUUGUCAUAUUUUUACAUGAAAGUUGAGACUGAGUUUAGUAGUCUAGCACAAAGGUCCUUUGACAGAUUGACAGAAUGGAAAAAGCUUUAAAAAUUCCGUAUUGCCCUUGUUCAUUGGGAAUAAAAGAAAGACAGGGUGGGAAGACAAGACAAUAAUGAGAAUUAUAUUUUUGUUAUUUUUUCCUUGGAAAGACAUAUUUUAAAAUGUCCAUAUUAUAGACCUCACCCUCCAGGAGAAAUGACGGUUGCUGUGAGAUCUCUGAUCAGUUUAAAUAUGUCUGGCCUAUGUGGUUAAAGGUAUAUCGUUAAAAUAAAUUAUUUUUCUUGCAUAACAGUU